AUGAAAGCGACCACCAAUGGUCUGGGUGCUAUCGGUGGAGAACGCCUGAUUUCUACCAAAGACAUAAAAAAGCGUACACUGAAGGAACAAUACGAGGCGGUGAAAAGGAAGACGGUGUUAAGUCACGUGAUGAAAUACGGUGACAUGGAUGUCACGCGGGAUAACUUCGUGAAAGUGCUGAAAGGCGAUAAGAAGCUUGAAUCCAACGAGAAGAAGGUGCUUAGAAGCGGUCCUGAUGACAAUGUGUUCAUCUUCUUCUCUGGCUUUGGUACGACUUCCUAUAUUGCCUUCCUAGGAGGAUAUAUGAAUGCCAUGGAGUUGAACGAUACCCUCGCCUACAUGCAUUCAAAAAAAAAGUUCAACAAAUUGGUGCUGUACGUGGAGUCUUGCAAAUCUGGCUCUAUGUUUAAAGAUGUUCUUCCUUCGAAUAUGGGAAUCUACGUAACAACUUCAGCCAAGGAAGAUGAACAAUCAUGGGCUGUUUUUUGUUUUGACUCGAAAAUCGAUGUUUGUAUGGGGAACGAAUACUCGUAUGAAUGGAUUACAGAUUCGGAACAGAAUGACAUAAAAAAGCGUACACUGAAGGAACAAUACGAGGCGGUGAAAAGGAAGACGGUGUUAAGUCACGUGAUGAAAUACGGUGACAUGACGAUGGAAAGUCUCCCAGUUGGAAAGUUCCAAGGUCAUUAUGAUCAAUUGUUGCAUCGGAAUGGAACGAUAGCAGCGGAAAACGAGGAGGAGCAUGAAGCCGCUCGGCGAAGGCUGCACCGUGCACUUCAGCUUGGCCACAUCGUCAAGGAAACGUUUCGUAACAUCGUCAUGGAUGUGACAACCCACCAUAAGCCAACGAUAAAGGGUUUAUCCAAGAGGGAUGAGCUCAUGUGUUUCCGGGCAGUAUUCGAUCAAUUCCGGACGCAUUGCUUCACAAUUCAGCAGGCAAGUUGA